CGCUGCCUGCAGGCUGCCGGUUCCGGCGUUCCGCCAGAUCGUCUCCGGCCUUGACUCAAGCUGCGCCAGCAUGGUGGUUGGCGCAGAUUAGAUUUUGCAAGUUGCACAACUCCUUGGGGCUUGAGCAAAAGAAAAUCAGGGAGGAACGAUUUUGUCUGAGGUCAGCUUUCCUCGGCCACAAGUAUCUUCCGAGCCUCCCACUCAACGGUCUCUGCAUACAGAGGGUCAAAAGGAGCUUCCGUUUCCAACUGGAACGAAAAGAUGAGGGGCCGGGGCCUGCAAGAAAUGUUCAAGCGGUGGAAAAUCCUGCGGGGAGAUAGAGUGCGCAUCAUGACGGGGAAAGACAAAGGGCAGCAAGGCACAGUGAUCAGAGUUUUCCGAGAGAAGAACCGCGUCUUGGUCGAAGGGCAGAACCUGGUUGUAAAGCACAUGAAGCCCCAGGAAGGGAGACCGGGGCAGAAGGUGCUGAUCGAGAUGCCGGUCCACGUGUCGAAUGUACGGUUACUGCAUCCGGUCACGGGGGAACCAUGCGCGGUAACAUGGAAGGCUACAAGGGAACCAAUUCCCGGCGCAGUUGACGCAGAGAGAAACCAGAAGUUCCGGACGGUUAGGGAGCGAAUAGUAGCAUCUGGUGACCGGACCGGAGAAGACAUCCUGGUGCCGCGGCCAGCUGGGUUAGCAGAUCGGAAAAAACCCAAACCCACGACAGCCGGGCUAAAGGACACCCCCCGAGAAGCGGUUCGAGAGCGGACAUUCGAUCCUAGUAGUGGCAUUGGCGGCUUGCCCCCUUUAGAAGAGCUCCUAGAUAAGCUGAAUAUCAGGCCGCACUUGCGGGAAGGAACCGCUCAGUAUCUAGUGCGGGAGGAACAGCGACGCGGGCAGGAGCGGGAAAGACGGAGAGUGAGUCGAUGAUGGAGAGAACGGAACGAACACACGGAUUGGAAUCAGAUGUCGUUGUGUAGGGAGCUUGUGGACACUUUUGGAUACAUGGAAGACGAGAAAGGAAGCACGUUAUGAACAGCUAUGAUCGACCAAUUGUGAACCGGAGCUUGCUGCUCAAGCCUCGUGUUUGUAUGUGUUGAAACACCCCAAGAUGCUCUGAUAUGGCGGGCUUGGC